AUGAAUGCCCUCUGGGCAUCUUCUUCCCGUAGUACUUGGGGAUUUUUAGUAAUGCCCUGCCUGAGUCUGAUCCUGCUUCUCCGGAGCCAGGGGCCGGGGGUCCAGGGCCAGGAGUUCAGGUUCGGACCCUGCCGAGUGCAGGGAGUAGCUCUCCGGGAACUGCGGGAGGCCUUCUGGACCGUGAAGGACACUGUGCAAGCUAAGGAUAACAUCACCAGUGUCCGGCUGCUACGGAAGGAGGUUCUGCAGGAUGUCUCGGAUGCCGAGAGCUGUUACCUCAUCCGUGCCCUGCUGAAGUUCUACUUGAACACCGUUUUCAAAAACUACCUGGAUGAGGCAGCUGACGUCAGGAUCCGGAGGUCAUUCUCUACUCUGGCCAACAACUUUUUUGUCAUCGCAUCAAAACUACAACCCAGCCAGGAAGAUGAGAUGUUUUCUAUCAGCGAGAGUGCACGCAGGCGAUUUCUGCUGUUUCAGAGGGCAUUUAAACAGUUGGACAUACAAGCAGCCCAGACCAAAGCCUUUGGAGAAGUCGACAUUCUCUUGACCUGGAUGGAGAAAUUCUACGAGUUCUGA